CAUCUGUCUGCUCUUCCCGUCUGCACUUCCUCCGUCGCAUUUUUAACAUUGUCGGGAAUUUGGACGCCGACAGAGGAAGAAAAAAAAAAAGAAGGACAUCCAAUCAGCCUUCCGAGUCUGUCGUGCAGGUUCCAUUCUGACCCUACAUCUACCUACCUACCUGUAGAGGUACCUACCUCUACCUAUCUGUUCCGGGUCAGACCCUAUCGGUCAUCAUCUCAUCAUCAUCGUCGCCGUCGUCGUCGCCGCCGCCGCCGCCGCCGUCGCGUCUUUACCUUUUACUACUCUAGUCUAGGAAAUUUGGAACUAAAAAAAAGGAACACGUUGCGAGACACUACUAUUGUCGCUGGUCUCCCUUCCGCUUUCUUUCCCACUACUACCACUACUAGGUUGUCCAUCUCCUCGGGCAGACUCCUCCUCCAGCGGGCAGUCUAGGUUCGCCCCCAGACGGACAGAUCCAGCGAAUCCAGGGCCCCAGGCACACCGUCGACUAUAAUUCGCCAUUCGCCUGCAUCCGCUGCCAGAGUCGAGCCAGGCUGUGUGCCAACUCGAUCCCACUUUGGUCGAUUCAGCACUCCAACCCCCGACCACACACACUCUCUCUCACACACACACCCGCACACAAACCACACGAAACAACCACACGACGCAACGCACCCACGAACGCCGUCGCGCUGCACACUUUCCUACUGGCAAGACUCGGUCUCAAUUCCGACUUCCCCCUCGCCAAGUUCUUUCCCAAAAACAACAACAACAACAACGGUUAAUCAACGACGAUAGCGCGACCUCCUCCUCUCCAGUCCACCAUUCGAUCCUGAUCCUCCAUCUGCCAAUCCUUUCCGACUUUGGCAGUUUCUCAGACCUGGACAAGGUCUCCGGGUCCGUCUGUUGCUGGGCCUUGACUUCUGUCCUUCGCAAACCUUCCGACUCUUCCGCUCUCUCCUCCGUAUCCUAUUCCCAUUGCGGACGACCCCCGCGAUAUAUCCUAACGCCGAGGCCGUUCGCAACCUGGGGCGACUCGUUGUGGCUCGCCAGCCAAAAUCACGUCUCAACGCUUACCACGUCCGUUCCGAGUCCCGCUAGUGUCAACAAAAACGGAGAAAUCAUCAGGACGCUCUUCUUCCGCCGCCGCCCAUCUGCUUUCCUGUCUCGAUAGACUCUAUCACCCUCCCUAGUACUCUGGGGCGCCCACGAAAACAACUCCAUCGACUCUAGACGGGUGCAGCGGUAGGCUGUGUGGGCAUUCAAAGGCGACUCUGCCGGAACCACAAACCUGACACGCGCACACCGUCCAGCCCCUAUACUUUCUCCUUUCCAGAGCUAACACCACGUUCUGACACUGAGAAAUCAUGGGCAACUCAUCCUCCAAAGAUGCGGGGGCAUCUUCCAAGAACCGAGGCGAUGACGACCUCAAGUCCUACCCAUCCUUUAGCAAAUCCGACACCAAGGACUCCUCGCGCUCUUUUCGCGGACUCCGCUCCAAAAUCCCCGGUGGAAGCAAGACGGACAGCCCCCGGAACUCAACCAUCCUCUCCAGCGAGGAAGUCGCUGAGAAAAUGAACGCUCUGAGUGGAAAGAAUGGCAGGCCAUCGGUGCAUACGCGGCCAAGCCGCAGAGACAUGUCGCCAUCACCCGCCUCUCCCUCGACGUCUUCUCCCUCGUCACCUUCGCUCGAUACCGCAACGCUAGCGUCUCCGACCGGUGAACCCCUACCUCCUCCGUCGCCAGUUCACAAUGCUACAGGCGGCCACCACGAUGUCCGCGCCGCUCAGGAAAGUGGAGAAGUCGACCACAUUUCCGACCAACCGCCCUCUGGAGGUGGCGGAGCCAACUCCAACCAACAGCCUGGCCAGUCUAUCCUCGUGAAGCGCGAGAACACCAUUAACCCCGUCUACGAUACCCCCAACCAGGAUCCCCAGAAUGAGCAAGCAGUUUCGGGUGUUGCCAUGAGCGACAUCAAGGAUAUCGAUCUCGAUGAUUUCAUCAAGCGACUGUUGGAUGCCGCCUAUGCUGGAAAGGUCACCAAGAGUGUCUGCCUCAAGAAUGCCGAGAUUGUGGCCAUUUGCCACCGCGCCCGGGAGUUGUUCCUUUCUCAGCCGGCCCUUCUGGAACUGGAUGCGCCCGUCAAAAUUGUCGGCGAUGUUCACGGCCAGUACACUGACCUCAUUCGCAUGUUUGAAAUGUGCGGCUUCCCUCCAAACUCCAACUAUUUGUUCCUCGGCGAUUACGUCGACCGCGGAAAGCAGUCGCUCGAGACUAUCCUGCUUCUGAUGUGCUACAAGCUCAAGUACCCCGAGAACUUCUUCUUGCUCCGCGGCAACCACGAAUGCGCCAACGUUACCCGGGUUUACGGUUUCUACGAUGAGUGCAAGCGCAGGUGCAAUGUCAAGAUCUGGAAGACUUUUGUCGACACCUUCAACUGCCUCCCUAUUGCUGCUAUCGUUGCUGGUAAGAUCUUCUGCGUUCACGGCGGUCUGUCGCCCGCUCUUGGCCACAUGGACGAUAUCCGCAACAUUGCGCGCCCCACCGACGUUCCCGACUACGGACUGCUCAACGAUCUCCUCUGGUCUGAUCCAGCCGACAUGGAUCAGGACUGGGAGGCGAACGAACGAGGUGUCAGUUACUGUUUCGGAAAGAAGGUUAUCUCGGACUUCCUCGCCACUCAUGACUUUGAUCUGGUUUGCCGUGCGCACAUGGUUGUCGAGGACGGUUAUGAGUUUUACACUGAUCGCAUUCUUGUUACUAUUUUCAGUGCUCCUAACUACUGCGGCGAGUUUGAUAACUGGGGAGCUGUCAUGGCUGUUUCUACCGAGCUUCUCUGCAGCUUCGAACUACUCAAGCCACUUGACUCCGCUGCUCUUAAGACGCACAUCAAGAAGGGUAGACACCGUCGUAACAACAUGCUCAACAGUCCUCCCGCCCACUUCAACCCCCAGAGUGUCUGAGCCAUACUCGCACUGCUUCUGCACGCUAGCCAAAGCCAUGUGCCGCUCAGCUGUGCAGAAAUUUUUUUCCCUUUCCCUCACCGGUCGACGGUUUCUCACAAGAUUGCAUACCGAUCGGACGGAAUUCCGAUGCGGGUUCAUCUGCUGUCGAGCAAAUAAGCAUUUGCCAAGUCUUGGGCGACGGUUGCACAACGCACAAAUACGCAUAACAAAGUCGCUAAAUCGCCGCGGCCGCUCAAAAAAGAGACAUACGGGGAACACUCUGCAAUACAUAGUCGUGUCGAGCACCGUCACACAACACGGUUCUUUUUCUUGCGGGGUACAUGGGGAGAAGCCGGGGCAGCCAGCCAACUGGGCUGUGAGACGACGACGUGGACCCGCACCCCGAAAGGGUUCCCAACUGGAGUUAUGCAUGACGAACUAGGCGAUAUAUCUCUGCUCAAAUUCUGUCCACAAAAGCGAAUAUCUCUGCUCCGUUAUACUACUACUUGCAUUUUGUUUGAGAAAGCCAUCGCGAAACAAGAUCCAACACCGAACCAGGCUAUUACAGUCUUGCCCAGAGUCUGCACCGUCAAAGAGAAGAUGGGAAAAGCCGCAAUGGGGGGGUGUCACGCUGUGCUGAUAUGUUGUUGGUCUCCGCUCUGGGGUGAUAGCCGGGCAGGCAACACACGAAAUCCGCCCGUAUUACCCUUUUUCAGGGAAGGAGCAGGGCUAGCUAGGUUCGCGGUGUUGGAAAAGUCCCAGGCUCGCUGUGCCGGUUUUGUACGAUGGAGAUUCUCGUUUCUGGCUUGAUUGCUUGACUUGCGUUUCGUUUCUCUCAUGUCGAUUUUAUUCCGUCGGUGCAGGAGUUCAUUGUCAUUUUUGUUUCGCGUAUCUCCCCUCGUUUUCGCAAUAUUUCUUGGUUUUGUUUUACUGUUAACUUUGAUGGGUGUUGAUGAGCUUUCAAGUUGGCUCAUGGAUGGACGGGGAUGGGAUGAAACUGAAGGACGACAAGUCAGAUUUUUCCAAUGUGGGAGUUAAAGUUGUGGAGGAAUCUGUGGAUACGACUGACUGAGUGACUGGGUCGAUACUUGGUAUUACUGUAUGUGUAUGGUUGAUGGACUCGGAAUCAUCAUGGAGGAGGUGUUAGUACCUGACAUGGUAGUGUCGAGUCGUGGGAGACGGAGAGGGCGCUGCGAUGCGAGGUUGAUGCGGUGUUAUAUCGGAUUGCGAUGGAUGUUUGAGAUGCAGAGUACUAUCUGUGUAGUAGCGAGUAAGAAAAGAUCCAAAACCUGAAAGGGAAUUCCCCACUCAAUCUUAUAGAGGUUCACAUCGGUA